AUGGCAGCAAAACCGCAAAACAUUGCCAGCCGGCCCGCGGCGCCGCUCUCUGACGCCAAUACGCAAUUCGUGUCGACCUCCCCGACUACUACCUUCACGUCUCCCCCGUCCAGCUUCAACGCCUAUGGCAGCCGGACCGGUACCGGUAGCUUUAGCAGCACCGGCGCCGCUGGUGACAGCCGUGUGGGCGGGAACGCCAAGCCGCUCAAGCCCUUCAACUCGACCGACAUCAAGAUCCUGCUGCUCGAAAACGUCAACGAGAGUGGCCGUAGCAUCCUGACAGGCCAGGGCUACCAGGUCGAGUACCUCAAGUCUUCGUUGCCCGAGGACGAGCUGAUUGCCAAGAUCCGCGACGUGCACGUCAUUGGCAUCCGCUCCAAAACGCGGCUGACGGAGAAGGUGCUGGCAGCAGCUAAGAGCCUGCUUGUGGUCGGCUGCUUCUGCAUCGGCACCAACCAGGUCGACCUCGACUACGCGGCCAAGAAUGGCAUUGCCGUCUUCAACUCGCCCUUUGCCAACUCGCGCAGUGUCGCCGAGCUGAUGAUCGGUUGGAUCAUCUCGCUGGCGCGCCAGCUUGGCGACCGCUCCAGCGAGAUGCACAGCGGCACCUGGAACAAGGUCAGUGCGCGCUGCUGGGAGAUCCGCGGCAAGACGCUGGGCAUUGUCGGCUAUGGCCACAUUGGCUCGCAACUGUCGGUGCUGGCCGAGGCCAUGGGCAUGUCGGUCAUCUACUACGACAUUGUCACCCUGAUGGCCCUGGGCAAGGCACGCCAGGUCGCCUCGCUCAACGAGCUGCUGCGCGAGGCCGACUUUGUCACGCUGCACGUUCCUGCCACCCCCGAGACCCGCAACAUGAUUGGCGCUGCCCAGCUGGCCCAGAUGAAGACGGGAUCGUACCUGCUCAACGCCAGCCGCGGCACAGUCGUCGACAUUGCGGCGCUGGUCGAUGCGCUCCGGGCAGGCAAGCUGGCCGGUGCGGCGCUGGACGUGUACCCGCAGGAGCCCGGCGGAAACGGCGCUUUCUUCAACGGCUCGCUGAACCCCGGUUGGGGCGACGAGCUGCGCGGCCUCAAGAACGUGAUCCUGACGCCGCACAUUGGCGGCAGCACGGAAGAGGCCCAGCGCGCUAUUGGUGUCGAGGUCGGCGACGCACUCGUCCGGUACAUCAACCAGGGUAUCACCCUUGGCAGCGUCAACCUGCCCGAGGUCAACAUGCGCUCAUUAACGCUCGAGGAGCCCAACCACGCGCGCGUCAUCUACAUCCAUCGCAACGUUCCCGGUGUGCUGCGCCGUGUCAACGAGAUACUAGGCGACCACAACGUCGACAAGCAGAUUACUGAUAGCAAGGGCGAUAUUGCCUACCUGAUGGCCGAUGUCAGCGAUGUUAAGCCCAGUGACCUUAAGGAGAUUACCGAUAGCCUCGAGGGUCUCAGCUCUUGCAUCAUGACCCGUGUGCUUUACUAA